ACCCAAACAUAUCUCGGCGCCUAGCUAUCCACCAAGUUUCGAUCCGUAGUACCCCUCCAGAUCCCAUACCUUUUCUCAUCAUGGCACGAGGCAACCAACGCGAUGAAGCCCGCGCGAAAAACCUCAAGGCGGCAGGAAACACGAAGUCGAAGAACACGCAAUCGGGCACCCAAUUUCAGCGCACCAAGGAGGAUCAGGCCGCGAUCAUGAGAGCGAAGCAGGAGGCGGCGGAGGCGAAAAAGGCAGCAGCGGCGGCGGCGGGAGGGUCGAAGAAAUAAGUGAGGACGAGGGGCGAUGUUGGGCGUCUGGAUAUUAGCGAAGGUGCAUAUGGGUAUUCGAGAUGAUUAUGGUGAAGUAAGCUUGGUGCUAUGGCUGGGGCGACGGAGACACUCAUAGCAGAAUAAUACUAUCGGAAUCAUAAUCCUUCAUAUUGCAUCGACGCUUUGAAGUGGUCCUACAGGGAAGUCCAUGAUGGGCUUUCGUUAUCUAAGUACUGUAAGACCCAUCCAGUCUCCUACCACACCCUCAAAUCCAGAACCUCCAAACUCAAGCAUAUAUGGUGAC